UGUGACAGCUUCGAGUCAGACUGGUGAGACCCAGAGCAAUAGCUCUGGAAGUGGAUCCAAAACGGCUGGCAUCGCUGCCGGUGUUGUCGUGGGAGUCGUCGGCCUGGGCGCGAUUGCUGGCGGUGCCUUCUUUUUCUUCCGACGUCAGAAGAGAAAGGCGGUGGAGGAGGAAUACCGCCGCAAUGCCGCCAUCAACAGUUUCGUGCACCCGAAUAAGCCAAUCUCCUCGAGUUCUAUGUCUGAUUCCCGGUGGGAUGGCGACUACAUGGCUCAGCGCCGCCAAAGUAAUGGCAGUAUAGCCGAUGAUGAAGAUUUCUCGAGGAGAAUCCUAAAGGUCACUAAUCCGGACCACUAA